AUCAUAAUACAAUCACAAUUAAUUUGCAGCCAUGGAGAAAAAGCUUUCUUGCAUUUUGCUGUAUGCAUUCCUAAUCACCAUAACCUUCCCAAUGCUUAAUUCUGAAGCCAAAGCCAAACAACCUCUGAGCCUUGCAACUGAUCAAACUGCCCUUCUUUCACUCAAACAUACAUCUCUUUUACUUGCAACUAAUUGGACCAACUCCACCUCCGUCUGCACCUGGAUUGGCGUCACUUGCAGCUUCCGCCACCACAGAGUAGCUGCCUUGAAUCUCUCCAACAUGGCUCUCUCCGCCACCAUUCCACCGCAGCUCCGACACCUCUCCUUCCUCGUCUCCCUCGACCUCACCAACAACCUUUUCCAUGGAGAUUUGCCUCAAGAGCUGUCUCUCCUUCGCCGUUUGAAGUUCAUAUCUUUCCGACUCAACAACUUCACCGGAGACAUCCCUCCGAUGUUGGGUCAGUUACCAAAAUUAGAGUACUUGAAUUUACGCAACAACAGCUUCAUAGGUUCCAUCCCAAAAUCGCUCUCAAACCUCACAAACCUACAAUUUCUUGACUUAAGAUCCAAUUCUCUAAGUGGAGAAAUUCCAAAAGAGUUGGGAAGACUUCAAAGUCUACAAACUCUGUAUGUUCAACGUAAUCAUCUCUCCGGUGCUAUACCAUCAGCCAUAUUCAACAUCUCGACCCUUGUAGCUAUGGGCUUCACAUACAAUGAAUUGAGUGGAAGUCUUCCAACAGACAUGUGCCGUAAUCUUCCAUUUCUUGGUGGGAUUUAUCUUUCUUUCAAUCAGCUAAGUGGCGCGAUUCCCACGAAUCUAUCCCACUGUUCACGGCUUGAGGUGUUGAGCCUCUCUUACAACUCUUUUAGUACUGGGGAGAUACCUUCAGAAAUCGGCUACUUAACAUCUCUUCAGUUUUUAGCUCUUGGUGGUAACAAUUUGAAUGGUAUGGUUCAAGUUCUUAUCACAUAAAUUUGUGUAAAUAAGAUUUUAUUAGUUUCAUGACACUUUUUUUGCCAGGAAUACUACCACAUGAGAUUGGCUAUCUUCAGAGUCUGCUUACUUUUGGUGCUGAACGGAAUGAGAUUGCGGGCUCAAUUGAUUUCAAUAUUUUCAUGAAUAUGUCUGCUCUGCAAAACAUAAAUCUAGGGCGCAACAAAUUCACGGGGAACCUUUCAAGGGAUGUCGGGAAUAUUACCAUGCUAACAAAUUUGGAUCUCCAAGAUAACCAUUUUACAGGUCUUAUUCCCACUGAAUUUGGCCAACUUUACCAUUUGGAGACAUUAGGACUACAGUUGAACAGCUUGAGUGGUUCGAUUCCACAUGAGCUCUUUAACAUUUCAACUCUUCGGAUUCUUUCACUUCUCGGCAAUGCUCUGUCAGGGGUUCUUCCAACCCAUUUAUGCCAUGUCUCUCCCUCUCUCGAAGAACUUUUUCUUGGCGGAAAUUCUAUCACCGGAGCAAUACCCAACUCCAUCUCUAACUGUUCUCAACUCACAUUUCUCUCACUUGCUGAAAACAAAUUGAGUGGUUAUAUACCUACUCAUCUCGGCAACCUAAGACAUCUACAAAGUCUUGAACUGUUCAGCAACAAUCUUACCCAGGCACCAUCUUCUUCCUUCAUUACUUCAUUGACAAAUUGCAAGUCUCUAACUAUUUUGUCAAUUGAUGAUAAUCCUCUAAAUGGUGUCAUUCCAGCUUCUCUCGGGAACUUAUCUUCCUCACUUCAAACAUUCACCGCCGGCAACUGCAAAUUCAGAGGCAACAUUCCUGUUGAAAUAGGCAAUUUAAGCAAUUUGAUGACAUUGGUGUUGUUAGCAAAUGAGUUAUCUGGUAAUAUUCCACUAACUAUAAGCCAUUUGCAUGAACUUCAAGGAUUAUAUCUGCUUGAUAACAUGUUGGGAGGCUCAAUACCACAUGCUAUAUGUAAUCUAUUCAGCCUCAAUACUUUAAGUAUGAGCCGGAAUCAAUUUUCAGGCCCAAUUCCUAAAUGUCUAGGAAAUGUCUCUUCUUUAAGAAAUCUUUUUCUACACUCCAACGUUUUGAAUUCAAGCAUACCUUCAAGCUUAUGGGUCCUAAAAGAUUUGAACUCUCUAGACUUGUCCUCGAAUUCAUUAAAUGGGUUCUUACCACAAGAGAUAAGUAACUUAGGAGCAGUAAUACAUAUAAACCUAUCGAUGAAUCAAUUGUCAGGGUCAAUUCCUAGCACUAUUGGGAAGUUGCAGAAUUUGAUUAAUCUGUCUUUGGCAAAUAAUAGACUAGAAGGUUCUAUUCCUAUGUCUAUGGGAAGCAUGAUCAGUUUGGCAAAUCUCGACCUGUCGUACAACAACCUCUCUGGUUCAAUUCCAAAGUCUUUAGAAGCACUUCAACACCUCGACUACUUUAAUGUCUCUUUCAAUAGUUUAAGUGGAGAAAUUCCUAAUGGAGGUUGUUUUAGAAACUUCACUAUGGAUUCUUUUAAGGGUAAUGAGGCAUUGUGUGGAAUCCCCAAGUUCCAUGUCCAAAUUUGCUCUUCAAUUUCUAAUCACAGAUCAAAGAGAAAGAAGGUGGAACGAGCUUCAUUUAUUGUUUUCGGGGUUGUGGCUUUCAUCUCAGUUGUUUCUUUGGCCUUUAUAAUUGUCAGAAACAAAAGGAAAGAUAAGACGACUAGAGAAGUUGAUGAGUUGAUAUUCAUUGUGCCGGAAAGAAUCUCUUAUUAUGAAUUGCUACAAGCAACAGAAAGAUUUGAUGAAAGCAAUUUACUUGGCACUGGGAGUUCUUGCUCUGUUUAUAAAGGAAUUCUUAACAAUGGGAAGAAUAUCGUUGUCAAGGUGUUUAAUAUGCAGCUAGAAGGUAUUUCAAGAAUAUUCGAUGUCGAAUGCGAGAUACUACGUAGCAUUCGACACAGGAAUCUGACAAGCGUCAUAAGCAGUUGCUCCAAUGAAGAGUUCAAGGCAUUAGUACUUGAAUAUAUGCCAAAGGGAAACCUUGAAAAAUGGUUAUAUUCCCACAACUAUUGCUUGAAUAUGAUGGAAAGAUUGAAUAUAAUGAUUGAUGUUGCAUCUGCUUUGGAGUAUCUUCACCACGGUUAUUCAAUGCCCAUUGUCCACAAUGACUUGAAGCCUAGUAAUGUGCUGUUAGAUGAAGACAUGGUUGCCCAUGUAAGCGACUUUGGGAUAGCAAAGUUGUUAUGCGGUGGUGAUAGCUUUGUGUUAACCAACACGCUAGCAACAUUGGGUUACAUAGCUCCAGAGUAUGGCUUGGAAGGGCUAGUUUCAACAAGGUGUGAUGUGUAUAGCUACGGGGUGAUGUUGAUUGAAACUUUUACGAGAAAAAGGCCUAGUGAUGAUAUGUUUUGCGGAGAUAUGAGCUUAAAGAGAUGGGUAGAACUCUCACUUUCAGAUGAAGUGAUAGAUGCCAACUUAGUCAUGAAUUUGGAGGAAGAAAUGAUUGACAAGAUUAUGAAGUGUGUAUCAUCCAUACUCGAAUUGGCUUUGAAAUGCUCUGCCGACUCUCCCGGGGAUAGAAUCAACAUGAAACAAGCACAUGCAGAGUUGCAGAAAAUCAAACAUCGAUUUUCCCAAUGAGAUUCAAGUAAGCUAUUUCAAAGUUCUAAGAUAAUAUUGUUCUAUUACCAUUUUAUUGAUACUCAAGGUUUUUCUAUCCCUCUUUCAUGCA